AUGUCUCAAGUCAAGAUUCCAACCUUUAAAUUAAACAAUGGAAAAGAAUUACCAGCAUUGGGAUACGGCACUUGGUUGGGACUCGACGAAAAAUUCCAACUAUAUUACGACGACAUCCCAAAGAUGGAAGAAGCAUUAUCCUAUGCUAUCGAUAUAGGAUACCGACACGUAGACACAGCACACCUCUAUAAAGUAGAGCCACAAGUCGGGCAAGUCGUCAACAAGAAAAUUCAAGAUGGCGUCGUAAAAAGGGAAGAUCUUUUUAUUACUACAAAGGUCUGGCAAAAUUUCCACCGCGAGGCUGAUGUGGAGGUAUCAGUUCGAGGCUCUUUGCGACGCAGCAACCUGGAGUAUUUCGAUCUGGUGCUCAUGCACUGGCCUAUGUCUGUUUCGGUUGACGAGGUAGAUGAGAAAAUUGACUAUUUGGAGACUUGGCGUGGAUUCGAGAAAGUUCUAGAGAAAGGUCUGGUCAAGUCCAUCGGCGUGUCGAACUUCAACUUGGAACAGAUGAAAAGAUUAUUGGAUAACUGCAAGGUUACGCCCGUUUGCAAUCAAAUAGAGAUAAACUUGAACUUGGGUCAAAAAGAGCUCGUAGAUUUCUGCCAAUCCAAUAACGUAGUGGUCGUGGCGUACUCUCCGUUCGGUACCAUGGUUCCAUCGCGAGCACCUCCCGGUAGUCCCGAGCCGAAGUUGAAUAACCCAACCAUGGUGGCUAUUGGAAAGAAACAUGGGAAAACUGUUACACAAAUUGCUUUGAGAUAUUUGUAUCAACGAGGGAUUGUCAGCAUACCAAAGACAAUAACAAAAUCCCGCGUUUUAGAGAACGCUUCCAUUUUCGAUUGUGAAUUAGAUGCAAACGACGUGGCGUCAUUGGCGGCGUUCGACAACGGCUACAGAACAGUGAAACCAGUAUUCUGGCAGGAAUAUCAGAAUUAUCCGUUUGAUAAAGUGGAUAUGAAGAUGGAGAUCCCAUUAGGACUUCGCAAUUCUCAACUGAUAUCAGAUUAG